UCCAAACCGAGGGCUACUCGGGAACAGACGUUUAGCGCAACCUGCUUUGGCAAGCGUUGUCCGUGCUGGGCGUCUAUCCGAGAACGAAGGUCCAUGCCCAUGACCGGGAAUAUCAAACCCAUGUAUGGAGUUGCGGGCUCAAAGUGGUCAAGGAGCUGGAGCACUGAAGCACGACCUGGGUGGCCAACAUUUGCCUGGGCAACGCUGGAUUGUUGGAGGUGGUGUAGAACUCUGAACUCCUGGGAGCUAUCGUUCACGUUGAUAAUCUUUAGGGCCACAUUGGAGUAUUUACGUCCUAUUCGUCAUUUAGCUCCACCUCUGUUAUUCCAUUUACGAAGACGAAGUUAGCUAUACAGGUUAUCUCUCGCCAGCCAAACAGUUGCGAAUCCACUCCACCCAAGUUUAUGCAGAACACGGUAUCUACCGCCCUUAAACUCAUUCCCCAAUGUCACUGGAAAGUAGCGUCCCGUGUGAUAACCGUUUGGAUCCUCAACAUCAAUGGCACAUUCAUACACCGAGUUGUAGCAGUUGACAUGCUGGUGGUUGAUUACGUUAACGGCCAUACGGCCAUCCAAUCCUUGGCUCUUGUUCUAUUAUUAUUCCACAAGAAGUGGCUUAACUAGUUAAGUUAACUAGCUUUUAAGGCUCGCCGCCGCUGCAGUAAACUACCGUACCGCGAGCGGGCCUGGGGAUUUGGAUACCGAGGUAAAAUAACAGGUCGAUAGCCUGUGGGGAAAUCAUCCCGUCGAUGAAAUGCGGGGAUGGUCUCUGGAUGUCGGUCAAUUAUUCCUUUUAUUUACUUCCUGUUCUCAUAUUUAAUACGGUCGCUAUUCUCUACUAUUCCGCCGCAGCAUUGGGCAAUUUGAAUUCUGCUACGCUAUUUUUCCCGUGAGCGCUCUGAUAAUUUUCACUACGAAACUUCAAACUUGGCUUGCACCAUGGCUACACCUUCGCUAGAAGCGCAGCUCCAGGCGCUGGGCAUGAUGAAAGGGCCCCUGCCUGCAGACCCUGUUGAUCGGGCCAACGUGGAGCACUGUCUCCGUCACGGCUACGUCGUGCUUGAGAACUGCUUCACCACGGAAGAGGCGGACGCCGCAAAGGCUCAGAUCGACCGGCUAAGUGGCUCCGAUCCGAUCAAAGGUCGGAACGCGUUUGAAGGGCUAAAUACGAAUCGGAUAUAUUCGCUAUUGAACAAGUAUGUACAGUACAUACAUGACGAGAGCGUUCGACAAGUUCGCAAUGCUCCCUCGUGUGCUUACCUUGAAUGACUACUUCUUGGACACGGGGUACAAUAUCACUGCUUUUCAUACCAUCCAGAUCAACCCCGGUGAAGCCCACCAAGGCUUGCAUCACGAUGACUCUUUCUGUCAUGUCCCACGUCCACGUAUGCCACUGGGAAGUGCGAUAAUUCUAGCAUUCGAUGAAUUCACUGCCGAGAAUGGCGCCACACGCAUCAUCCCCGGUAGUCAUACUUGGGGGGCCGACCGGCGUCCAAAGUACGACGAGACUGUGCCGAUGACCUGUCCCCCAGGGAGCGUCGUCUACUUCCUUGCCACAACGUGGCAUUGUGGCGGACCAAACAACUCCCUUAACCCCCGAAAGAGCGCGACGGUCCAAUACUGCCAGCCCUAUGUCCGACCAAUCGAAAACCAAAUUCUUGCAGUCGACCCUCGAAGACUCACUGAGAUCCCACGACGCAUUGUUGAAAUGAUGGGAUAUCAGAUCCACGCACCCUUUAUCGGUUACGCGGACGGCUUGAAUCCUAUCACUGCGGUACGUAGGAUGGUAAACUGGCUUCAGGGUCCCCUGGACCCUAACCCCCCGACGUUUGCGUCCAAGGCAGAAAUUUCGGGAAAUGCUAAACUGUAAAUAACAACUGCGUGAUAGUUAAUAAGGCAUUUUAAGGGGAACAGUCCGCCUGCUCUAGAAAUUUUACUUCUGCUUUCAUCCUGUCCAUUAAACUUAUUCGUGGAUUUGUUCAUUUUCUCGAAAUUUCCUUUCUGAAAUAUGCAUGGACCGUUUUGCACCGGUAUUAAUCCUCCGCCUGAUUGUGCAGCGGACGUUGGGAAGCCAAGCACCAAGGGGAAUGAAUAUAUUUCUUGCUGCGAAAACGAUCGCGAUUAGAACCAGCUACUCACAAAUCACGGCCGUGGCGCCUUCAUAAAGGCGAAGCGUUAAUAUGUGUCAGUGUGACUUUUCCCUGGCUUCCAGGAACUAAUCGAACGCAGGAUAAGCUGUCUCUUGCCGCCGAUCGAAGUGGAUUGCGCUCUGAGAUAUCGACACCCCAUUCAUCAGGGAAUUCAACGGCUGGUGCCACUUUCCAAUAAGCGCAUGAAGUUCCAAUUUUAAAUUUUAG